AUGGUGGCCGAAAGUGGCAGGCGUUUGGGCUGCUUCCGACCGUCCCUGCACCCCGAAUUCGCACCCACGCUAAUCAACACUAGACCCAAUCUAGAAGUCAUCGAUCGCUGCUUUUUGAUGCCAGUUGGAAGACCCAAAGUGCCGAAAGCUGGCAGAUCACGCACGGCAAGUCGACUGGAUUCACCCAGAAAGUUGAACUACAAAGCCAUAUUGGAACGACACGAAGCGGCUGGCCGCACAUCCAGACUCUACUCCGCAAAUGCUGAGAAAAGCAGAGGGACAGUCCGGCGGAAGCUUCAGCGCUUCUGCUCUGCUGAACUGAAGACCACGGAAGAGGAGUUCAUCGAGAAUCUGACGGCGGGCCGAGUCAAGACAUACUUCGACUGGCUCGAGAACACCCAUCGGAACAGCAUCAAGGCAGCGUCGGCCUUUGACAGUUACUGGAGGCUUCUGAAGACCCUGUAUGUGGAGCACACUGGUCGUGGCAUGGAUGAUGGGAUGGCGCAGGAUUGUCUGAAAUCUGACGGGCUCCCUCCGCAGUAUAAGAACAUUGUCAUCAAGAGAUGGGGUCUCCGGCGACGACCGAAGAGGAAGCCGUCAGGCACCAAGGACGAUGUGUACCGCAUCCUCCAUGCCCAUUGGACGCGGUGUACGAAGGCGUACGCUGAUGAGAAACAGCGACUCUACGUUGCUGCAGGUAUCCUUCUAUCUUUCAUCUCCGGUGGCAGGUUGGUCUCGCUGUUCGACACCCGGAUCAAAACAAGUGAUGAGAAAGCCAGAGACGGACCGUCAAAGGGAGCGUCACACACAGCCAGCAAGGACUCAAAGCGCAGGACCAACUGUCGCCGUGACCGUCCCCGAGACAUCGCGGCCCCCAACCUCUACUUGAAGACGGCAUCCCAGAUCGGCCAACAUGAUAACCGACCCAUAGCACCAGAGAAACGCAAGAUGGUUCAUUCCGACAAUGACGAGGAAUAUCGCGACACAAAGAAGACACGAAUCAUGGCUCCUCGAAGAAGCUGUCACUCCACCCGAGAAGUGUCCUACGGCAAAUAUGGGAUGCGCGGUGAAGACAUUAUGUACGAUGCCCAGGAUAGCGACCUGGAUAGCCGUACGAACGACAACACAGACUUCGACUCAGGCAAUUCCGGGGAAUCUCUCUUUGAUGAGCUUGUGCGAGAAAACGAUACCGACACUGAGUUGAGUGUAGAGUCAGUGGAAAGCGGCUCCACCAGCGACGAUGUGACGGACGAUGAGUAUGAUGCAGGUCCUGAGGAGACUGGGGCCCUUGUCUGGCGGCAUAUCGAAUUCCACAUCAUUCAGAGCCCCUUGGCUGGCCGGCCAAACAUUCUCCUGGCUAAGGUCACGCUUCUCCACACGAAGGGUGAAGACAAGAAGCCGCGAGUGAAAACAUUCGUCAUCAGCCACAAUCCGGAGCCGCUCCUGGACCUUCUGGGGCACUUUCUCUCCAUGGCAAUAGAUGACGAGAUCUUCGCGCCUGAAUUCAAAAAGCUUGAAGAUAUCUACUGGUAUCCCAUCCCGUCGCACCUAGGUGGUAUGAACCUAAAGAUCAAGGCAGAGAUGCUGGACGUGCCGGUGUUCCGCCCAUCCUCCGCGCUAUCAAGCCCUUUGACUGGAGACCAGCCCAUCGAUGAAAGUGUCGCACUUGCUAUCAUGGGAUAUUUUCUCAGGGUGCCGUCGAGAGGUGUUGACAAUAUUCUGUUGCACGGUGCUCUUGAAAAGUUGAACGAUCAGAACAUCGGCGUGGCUUGUAUGGACGAAGAAUGCUUGGGGCACGCGUGGGAUAAGGAGGAAUGUGGUGUUGAGGACGAGCCAGCAGGUCCAGUCAUCAGCCUCUGGGAAUCGGCACGGAGGAGUGGUAAUGCUGAAAGAGAGAGUAAUUUGUUCAAGGAAUAG